AUGGUGUACGAAGCUGCCCACACGUACCACAUGCAGGUUCACUUUGCCGAGUUCGCCCAGCUAGGAUAUCCCGUUAUGAGUCUCUGUUUCCUCUCCGGGAAUGCACACCCCGUGGAUCACGAAAAGAAUGCUCAGUAUGACAGCUCAUGCUGCAGGACACGGAGCAACACGGAGAUCCUGAGGUCCACGUUGAGAUCACAGCGGAGCGGCGGGUGUGCGUGUUGCAAAAGGGUUGCAAAGGCCAUUACAACGGCGUGCAACAUCUUCGAGGCUCCCGAGACGGUGGCGGAGGCGCAGAAGCGUAACAUGUACAAGAUGUGGGCGCAGGUCGUAGCUACCAGGUCUCGGCGAUGUGUAGCGUGUAUGGUGUUGGCUUGCAUCUUGCUCACCGUGCAGGUCAUCACGCACCAGGUCAGACAAGAGACCGUGGUGGACGAGAGUAUGAACCCACAGCAGUUGACGACUAUGUUGAAACAAGACGAAGAGGCGUUCAAGCUUCCGAUCGUGCCGCCCAAAGGCUUUGAUCUGAGAGCGGCGCAAGCCGGGAAAGCGAAAGGGGACAUCUUGAAGAAUCUCUCGGAACUCGACAUCAAGCAGUUGCAGAAAGUGCAGCAAUUCGUCAAUUCCGCGCACGACCCCCAGGCAGUUGAAGAUUUUCGAAUUGAGCAAGCCCUGCAGUCACUCAAAGUUCGAUUACUAGAGGAAAUUAGCGGGCAGAAGUUCCCGGCGAUCCUGGACGCAGCCACGCGCGGCCAGGCGAUCUCCGACCGAGCCCGCCCCAGCCGCCGCCAGAUUGUGAUAUCGACGACAUGGCGCUCAGGCUCUACUUUCCUGGAGGAGCUGCUGUCGUCACACCCCGCCGUCUACAACCACUACGAGCCGCUCAUGCAGUUCGGCCUCAAGCAGAUCCGCGAGGGACAGGACUCGGUCAAGGCACAGAAUCUGCUACAUGACCUUCUUGCCUGCAGGUACAAGGCGAAGUCGGAGUACAUGAACACAGCGCUGAACAUCAAGGAGAUGUUCACGCGGAACGUGCUGGUGUGGCAGAUCUGCAGCAACCAGCAAAUCGGCGAUUCGCUCUGCUACAACGACGCCUUCCUGAAGGGCGCCUGUCAGCUCUUCCCUUGGUCUACUAUGAAGAUCGUGAGGCUGAGGCUGAAGCUCCUGCGGCCGAUCCUGGAGGACACGAAACUGAACGCGCGGAUCGUGUACCUGGUGAGGGACCCGCGCGGGGUCAUGAACUCCCGCUUCGAUACCGUGAAAUGGUGCCACUCGUCCGACUGCAACGACCCCUCGUACCUCUGCAACGACAUGGACGACGACCUCACGGCAGCCAUUGAGCUGAGGAAGGAAUUCCCGGGUCUCGUUUACAUCCUCCGGUACGAGGACAUGUCCCUGAGUCCAGUCAACAAGACCAAGGAGCUCCUGGACUUCCUGGGACUGGACUUCGACCCCAAGAUGCAAGAGUUCCUGGAUUCGCACACGACCAAGAAUUACGACAAGCCGUGGAGCACCUCGAGGGACUCCAAGACCCGAGUCACAUACUGGGCCUCCAAGCUGCAAGCCGAGAAACUGAAGCAAGUCCAGGACGUGUGCACGCCCGUGAUGAAACGCUUCGGGUAUCUGCCCGUUAACUCUACGAAAGAUAUAAGUCUCGAAAAGAUUUUAGAACCUUUGAAUUUACCUUAAAUUCGAGACUAGUGAUAAAGAAAGAGAGAUUUUUUUUUUUUUAAUCAAAAUACACUUCGAAUCAUUUCCAGAAA